AUGCCACGGCGAAUGCGUGCCAUGAAGCUGUCAGUGUUGCUGCUGUUGGCCCUGCCAGCUCUAUCUUCAGCUGGCUUUUUCAGCUGUGAGAAGAAUGACGAACCAGUCCUGUUACUGGACCCAGAUCUGGAGGACAGGGUUCCCAAUAUCACUGCUAAAGGAACAACAUAUCAAGCUGGUCCUACCACUAGAGCGAUUGAGGACAAGCUGGUCCGGUCUUCCCUGUUCAAGUUUGAUCAAACCAACCUGCAAUGGCAGACCUUUGACAGUUCACUCUCCAACAGAGUAAUUUCAAUCGACAAUGGAUACGUUGACCGCACCGACUACGUUUGCAAGUUCCAAUGCCAGGCCGGCUUCUACAACCCCAAAAUGGGUCCACACUGCAAUUACCCCGCUGGAGGGAAAGAGUAUCUUGGCUACCCAUUUGAGAUCUUAGUGAACAAAGACAACUUUGAGUUUCUAGAAUGGAAGGAUGGCUCAUACGGUUCAGUGCCUCCGAAUUCAGUCAAGACCUGUGAGAAUUUCAAACUAUAUGUUGGGAAGAACAAGUAUGGUCUUGGAAAGGUGGAUGUUAAAAAUGAGGCCUUCUUCCUUCCCUGGAAAGGUACUGAGUAUUGGUACAAGCAAUACCAGGUCCUGACCUUUGACACAGAAAUAAAAAGCGAGCACAUGUCUGAUGUCAAGUAUAAUACUGAUAAGGUUAAAAUUAUUGUGUAUUCUCCAGAGACCAUCCGCAAUUCAACCAUCAUUAACCUUGACUGCCAGCCAGUGACGCAGUCAGCUACCCUCACAAAGACAACCGAAAUGCAGGAAACUUGGGAAACUAGCUUCUCCAUGACACUUGGUAUCAAGACUAGCAUCACUGCCGAAAUACCCUCUUUUGCCUCCGCAAGUAUCGAGUUUAGUGUGACUAAGACCUUCCAGUUCACCGAGAGGACCACUUAUAUCGAGUCGAUCACCCACUCUAUUUCUGUUCAGCACAUCGUCCCACCAAACCACUCCUGCAAUGUCCGUAUGGUGGCAUAUAAGUACGCGGGGAAAAUCCCUUUCACAGCACGCCUUAGCCGCACCUACAGCAAUGGGGAUACCAGAUGGACGUCCAUCUCUGGGACCUACGAUAGCGUGCAAAUUGGAAAAGUCAUGUCUGUGGUGGAUCGCUGUGAACCUGUACCUAAUCCCAAGGCCUGUCCCUGAAAGAAAGAGUGAAAAGUCUCCAUGAGAUACAGUACCUGACAUAUUGUAUGUUAGAUAUGUACAA